AUGGCUGCUCUCAAGAUCUACGGCGUUGGUCCCCGCACCACCAUCCCCCGCAUUGCGGCUCAGUACGAGGGCUUGAACCUCGAGUACGUCGAGACCAACCCUCACGCUGAGGGCGGUGUCGGCGCCGCUUACAUCGAGAAGUUCCCUCUUGGCCUCGUCCCUGGCCUCGAGCACGGUGACUUCAAGCUCACCGAGAGCAUCGCCAUCUCCUCGUACCUCGCUUCCCUCGAGAACAAGGCCAACCUCCUCGGCCAGACCAAGGAGCAGGCCGCCGAUGUCCUCCGCUGGGCGUCGUGGGCCAACGCCGACCUCAUCUCGACCCUCGUCUCGUGGUUCGCCCCCCUCACCGGCUCGCGCCCCUACCAGAAGCCCCAGGUCGAGGCUGCCAAGGAGAAGACCUUGAAGCACCUCGCCUACCUCGAGAAGGCCCUCUCGACCCGCACCUUCCUCGUUGGCGAGCGCGUCACCCUCGCCGACAUCUACGUUGCCGAGGUCCUCUCGUUCGGCCAGCGCUUCGUCCUCGACGCCGAGUUCCGCAAGGCGCACCCCAACACCCUCCGCUUCUGGAACACCGUCGUCCGCCAGCAGCCCUACACUGCCGUCAUCGGCGCUUUCCCCACCCAGAUCGAGACCGCCAUCGUCUACACGCCCCCCAAGAAGGAGACCAAGCCCAAGGCCGAGCAGCCCGCCGCUGCGCCCAAGCCCAAGGCGCCCGCUGCUGCCGCCGAGGAGGAGGACGACAAGCCCGCCGAGCCCAAGGCGAAACACCCGUGCGAGGCCCUCGGCCCUGCGCAGUCGUUCCCGCUCGACGAGUGGAAGAGGCAGUACUCGAACAACGACACCCCCGUCGCGAUGAAGUGGCUCGACGAGCACUACAACGCGAACGACUACAGCAUCGUCCGCUGCGACUUCAAGUACAACGAGGAGCUCACCCAGACCUUCAUGUCGGCGAACCAGUGCACUGGCUUCCACACCCGUCUCGAGGCGUCCCGCAAGUUCCUCUUCGGUUCGCUUAACGUCUACGGCACCUCGGGCAACUCCAAGAUCAUCGGUGUCUACAUGAUCCGUGGCAAUGACUGGAAGGCUGUCUUCGACGUUGCUCCCGACUACGAGUCCUACAACUUCACCAUGCUCGACUACAAGACCGACCGCGAGCUCGUCGAGAAGGUCUGGUCGUGGGAGGGCGAGGUUGAGGGCCUCACCGUCGCCGACGGCAAGAUCUUCAAGUAG